CACACAAAUGUCAAAUUACUUCACCACGUGUUGUAAGCAAAGCAGCUGUCAUAUUCUGUGUCAGUUCAACAUAUGCCUAACCUAAAAUUUAAAUAAAAAAAUAAAAUUCUUUUUAAAAUUUAAGUAAAAUGUCUCAAUUAGUUGAAGAAACAGAACCCACAGAUAAAAAGAUUAAAUUAGAUACUAAAGACGAAGUUAAAAUAGAUUCAAAUGGAAAUUCAAAUGAGGAAAGUACAACAAAUUCUGAACGAGUUGAAUCACCCACAUCAAAUUUGAUAUCAGAAAAUUCUGUUCCCGACCAUAAAAAUGAAGAAAAUGCCGAACAACCUAUGUCCAAGAGCAGAAAAAAGAAAUUACUGAAGUUAGCAAAAUGGGAAAUAAAGAAAAUAGAAAAGCGAAAACAAGAACGUGAAAAACAAAGACUAAAAAAGCAAGAAGCUCGAGAAAAGGGUGUCCCUUACAGAACUGGACCUUCCAGGAAAAGUUUAAAACAUGUAAAAAUGGCAAAUAGCAGUUGUCGAGUAACUGUUGCAAUUGAUCUGAGCUUUGAUCACCUCAUGAUAGAUAAGGAUAUAGCGAAAGUUGUAAAACAGCUACUGCGAACAUAUACUUUAAAUCGCAGAGCACUGAAUCCAAUGCAGCUCUGUUUUACUGGCUUGAAAAAGGGUGGGAAAAUGCAUGCAGCUAUGUCUAAACAUGAUGGUUAUAACAAUUGGGAUCUAAGAAUAGAAGAACAGCCAUAUUCUGAAAUCUAUCCACAUUCAGAUAUAUGCUAUUUAACAAGUGAAUCUGAGAAUGUUCUGGAGUCUUUAGAUCCCAAUACAGUUUAUAUAAUCGGUGGCUUAGUAGAUCACAAUGCACAUAAAGGUCUAUGUUAUCAACUUGCGAAAGAAAAGAACCUAAGGCAUGCUCAAUUACCAUUAGAAAAAUUAUUGUUAAUGAAGACUAGAAGAGUUUUGACUAUUGAUCAUGUAUUUGAAAUUUUACUCCGUGUUACUGAGGGUAAAACUUGGACAGAUGCUCUUCUCCAAGUCUUGCCAAUGAGGAAAGGAGCAAAACCAGUUGAUGAUAAAAUUGAUACACAAGAAUGUGUGGAAACAAGUGUAAAUUAAAUUAAAUACACAAAUGAAGGAAUAAAUGCAUUAAACAAAAUGUUGAACAAAAAGGAUAGUUGUUAUUUUUUAUAUAAAAUAAAUAAACUUCAGUAAAGGUGAAUUAUAGAAUAAAAUGUUGUCGGUCAUACCUUGACUAUGGUCA